AUUUCUAGUCGUGCAUGGAGAGUGCGCCAUUAAGAAACAAAUUUGUCUAAUUAUUGAAUAAUAUCCUUCCAUAAAUUCGGCGAAGUUAAACAUUUACAAAAUGACAUCUUUUGUGAGAUUAUUUCGCCCUAAUAGUUUAAUUAGGCAAUCAUCAAUAAUUUUGCGGUCACCGGCAUGUUCAGCUAUCUCCAAAGAAAUCCAUAAAGUAGAACAAAGAUAUUUAUGUACAAAUUCACUAGUUCCAACAUUUUUAAAACCUUCUGAGAUGCAAUUUCAAAAAUUAUACUCGACUACUACAGCAGAUUCUCAAACGUUAACCUUAAAGCAAAUUGAAGAUAGAGUGCUUAAAGUUGUCGCCAGUUAUGAUAAAAUAACUGCACAAGAGAGGCUUGCCCUGUCUUUCACACGAGCCUACAGUGCGAAGGAUCCCUUAUCUUUAGAUCUAAUUCGUGAUAGAGUAUUACUUGUUCUUAAAUUGUACGAUAAAAUUGAUCCAGAAAAGUUAAAAUUGGAAUCACAUUUUAUUAAUGACCUUGGUCUGGAUUCAUUAGAUCAUGUAGAAGUUAUAAUGGCAAUGGAAGAUGAAUUUGGGUUCGAAAUUCCUGAUGGAGAUGCAGAGAAAUUAGUUAGACCUGCAGAUAUAGUGAGAUAUGUUGCAGACAAAGAAGAUAUCUACGAAUAGAAAAUAAAUAAAAAGUCUCAGUAGCUAAGAUUUUUUUUAUUUAGUUAUUUUAAAAAUACAUAAUUAUACAUUACAAAUCUAUACAUUCAAAAAGUUUGAUUGUACACUUGUUUAAAUUUAAAAUAAAUUAAACCAUUUGUUUACAGUUAAAAAAA